CACCCACCCUUCUCAAUUGAAUCAUUAACUCAUAAAAAGCUGUCUGUAUUGAUCUAUAUCCCAUUGUUACUGGUUCUCACUAUAUCCUGAAGACCCUUAACCCAUAUACAGCAAACAUGGAACCGGACCAGGGACUGCACGACACCCAAGACCUGUUGCUUCGCAACCUGAACUCGUCCUUUGAAAUCGACUCCUUUGACCACGAUCUCACCACAGACCCCUCCCUUCAUGAUCCCCACACUAUUAACUACAAAGGGGCUUCUAUCUUCCUCGACACCCUCAACUGGCGCCAGAGCCGCACUCUCAAGCUCCAGCUCGCCACGUGCUUUGUGAUGUUUCUCGUAUUCGGGCUCAAUGACCAGGUUCUAGGUACCCUCAUUCCCAAGCUCAAAGAGCACUAUAAUUUGAGCGAUGCCAAAGUGGGGGUAAUCUUCCUCUUUCAGUCUCUAGGCUACGGUAUGUCAGCGUUUUGCACUGAAAUAUGUCACAACUACGUGGGACUUCGCGGGGUAAUUAUCGGCUGCAUAUGCUGCACGUUGGCGGGGUUCACCAUUGCAUCUCUGUCGCCUCCAUUUCCGCUCUUGGUCCUCGGAUACUGCAUUAUUGGCUUGGGUUUGGGGGCGGAAGAUGCUUCCUUGAAUGCCUGGGUUGGAAAGCUUGAUAAUUCCAAUGAACUUUUGGGAAUAUUACACAGCACCUACGGACUUGGGUGCUUCAUUGCGCCCCCUAUGACCGCCUGGUUUUUGACUAACGGUGCCACGUGGUAUCACUGCUACUGGAUGGUUAUUACCGCUGCCUUAGUCUCAUUGGGGCUCAGCCUUAUCUCGUUCAAGCACGAAACAGCAGAGAAAUAUUGCUACUUGGUGGGCCCCGACUCGCACCAGAACCUAGAAGGUGUGUCGACAGAGCCGGUCAGUAUGAAGGAAACGUUAAAAAAUCAGACCGUAUGGAUGCUUGGACUCUGUCUCUUCAUCUACUUGGGGGCAGAAUCCGGUCUAGGCUCGUGGUUGGUCUCUUACCUCAUGAGAUCUAAGGGUAGGUCACACAGCUCUGCCGCCUAUGUCACCUCCUCCUAUUGGUUUGGGCUCACGCUUGGACGGCUCGUAUUGGGGUUCUGCACCGCCUGGCUUCCCUCUGAAUUCGUAGCCAAUAUCAUAUAUCUCUGUGUGAGUAACGUGGGGGUAGCCCUUAUUGCUAUCGUUGGUGGAGCCCAUACCGCGGCACUUGUAUUUGCGUGCUUCUUUACUGGGUUCUUCAUCGGCCCAGUGUUCCAGACGGUUGUGGCGGCAGCGGCGAAGACGUUGCCUGUGCGACUUCACGUUUCGGGGAUAAGCUUCUCCAUCGGGUUUGCAGCUGGUGGCGCUGCCUUUUUCCCAUGGUUUAUUGGCUUCCUCAACUCACACAUUGGUAAUAUGAACAUGCUUCCAGUGUUUGUGGGGGUCCUUGUGUUUGCCUCCUUGGGUUUCUGGCUACGUGUGGUGAAAUCCGCAAAGCAGGCGGCAUAAAAAGUGAAGGGUAAAAUAAUACAUUUAUGGUGACAUAUACAUACGAUAAUAUUUUGUGAUAACCAUGAUAGGAUUGUAAUUCCAUUUUAAAAUUGUUUUUUAUCAUACAUAUAUGUUUAUAUGUACCAGGUCCCAGUUUUAUAAUUUUAGCGACAUAAGUAUUAUUCAUGGUAAUGAGUUUUUUCG